CAUCCUGGCACCGUGCUCAGCCAGCCGCUGCUCCUGUAGGCAAAUAGCAGCAGAGGACAGACAGGCCUGUGUCAGUGUGUGUGUGUGUGUGGGAGUGUGUGUGUGUGGGGGCGUGGGUGUGUGUGUGUGUGUGUGUGUGUAUGUGUCACAUUAUUCAGGAGCGACAUGGACACAGAAUACUCCAAGCGGGUGUACCAGGGCGUCCGGGUCAAGCACACGGUCAAAGACCUGCUGGCGGAGAAGCGGUCCCGGCAGACCAGCGGGCCCAGAUACAGCGGAGGAUCCACCUCUCCACCUUCAUACGUCCAGAUGCCCGGGUCCCACAUGCUGCCUGGGUAUUACGGGAUGAGGCGUCCGUUCAUCUCCGACUCGGACUUCUGCUCAUCCUCCAAGCAGUUCUCUCCUGACGUCUACUCCUCCCCCCUGGGGGGCAAACCUCUGGGCUGCGACCCCUCCUCCAUGAGCAGCUACUCGUCCCUCAUCGACAGCUACUACCCGGAAACCUUCGGCGACUACCGCAGCGCCGCCACCUUCUCGUCCUCGGCGGGGUCCUUCCUGCCCUCCUCGGCCCUGUCGUCCCUGCUGCCUCCCUUCAGCGGAGAGUCGUCCCACUUGUUCCUGAGGGAUCCGUGGGAGCAGUCGGUCCCUGAGCCGGUCCCCCAGGUGGACGCCCUCUGCACGGACAGCCUGGCCCCCGUCGCCGUGCCGCCCUCCAUGCCCAGCCCGGAGGCCCCCGGGAGCCCGUCCCAGUACCGCUCCCCCAGCCGGGGCUCGUCCAUGUGCCCGGCGCCCAGCGGGCAGCCCUACACCCUGCACCCGCUGGAGGACGCCCACUACCACUCCUUAACCGGCAGCGCCUACCCCGCCGCCCCCUCCUCCACCACCUGCCCCCCCUACAUGAGCAGCUCCGUCACUGACCUCAUGUCCAAGAUGGUGACGGAGGAGUCGGCCGACGGCCACGCCGGCAUGGCGGCCGACGCCCACCCGUCCUGGGUGAAGGAGGACGCCGUCGGCUCGUGGUCGACUUAUGAAAUCAGGAGGGCCUACUGACCGGCGCCAGCAGGAAGUCCUCUUUUACAGACUAUCCAAACAAGAUCAGGACCUGUUUUCAUUUCAGUUUGUUUCACAUUUACUUUUACAUUUACGAUGUAUAACAACAUUUCCUUUUCUGUAUUGUUGUAUUUUCAUGUGAAGAAUGGACUGAUCAGGAAACCGGCUCGCUGUCAUCCAUCAGACUGAGGCUCCGUUUACACGCCAGCGUUUCAAGUGAAAAUGUACCAGAAAAGAUUCACAUUUACACGGCAAAGCUCUAAAAACAUUAAAAAAAACGAUGCCUUUUACAAGGAAAUGGCGUACAAGGUAACAUUAUAGGGACAUUUUUACAGAGGAUCAAGUUCGAUUGCUGUUAUGUGGCUCUCAACUCUAAAACUACCAAGUCCCAGGAGACUGUCGACUCGCAGUCAUGACACUAUGGAGGCCGCCAUCGUUGCUACUGUCCAUCAAACAUUUUGCAUUUUCACUUUAAACCAUCGUGUAAACGGGCCCUGAGAAAAUGAUCAGAGAUCCUGAAACUACAGGAAUAACACUUUCUUUGUCAUUUUAGCAAAUCUCUGUAUCUGAAUGAUCAGAAGCUUCCUGAAGACUUCCUGUUGUCUUGAAAAGACUUUAUUUAUGAAGCACUUCUAAACCAAACCAAGACACCAGACUUCUCUUCUCUUCAACUCAUGGUUCUCAGCUGGUCGAUCGUGAUCAGGACUGAGUCGACGGCUUGUUUUUAGGGGUCAUAGGUCAUUAAUCAGAUGGAAAAAGUUAUGUUGAAAAUGAACAUGCCAUCUUUAAUUCAACCCAGACCCACAGACUUUAUUUGUGUGAAACAGGUACAACGCAGAAAUAUGAGACAUGGGUUUGAUUAAUAUGCAUUUCUGUCAGUCUUAAAACUAUUUUCUAUCACAUUAAAUUCACAGUUGAGUUUGUCAAAAAAGGCUGAAGUUGUUGAAGUUGUUGACAAGUUUUGUUUUGAAUUAAAAUUAAGUCCUGUCAUCCAUCAUUAAUCUUUUUUAUUUACUUUUUUUUCAUGUUAGACCGGCUCCAGUUCAAAACACAUCUUAUUUUAAUUUAUGGAUUUGAAUGAAGGACAUAAUGAUACCACUAUUUUUUUUUAAGGAUGACUACAAGUAUGAGUACUGACCUUUACUGAGUGUUGAUAUGGAGAUUUAUUUAAUGCCAUUACAUUUAAUUUAUGUUCAAACAGCAUGCAAAGGCUACACCCUGCUUGAUUCAUCAUUUCAGUUUAUUUAGGAGUCUUGAAGUUGACCCAGUCGAUGUGAAUACGUUUUUAGAGAAGUAAUAAAGUACAAUGAAUAAAAAGCAGAAUAAAGUUUCUUUGAAAAUAGAAAAAUGAAAUUGUGGCAAUGAUAACAUCUGACCCUGAAUCUAUAAAACUGUGUUUUGAUAAAUGAUCUGAAGGAGAAAAGGUAAUCUUUGGCUUUAUUUUGGGCUAUUUUGACAUUUUGCAGUCCAGAUUUCUGUCAGACUGGAGUUACUGGUCACUGAGGAAUAGUUAAAUAAAAAUGAAACAUGCAGGGCUGAGAAAAAAAGAGAAUUUACAAAAGUGCCAAAUACAGAUCAACAUGAUGAAGACAGAAAUCUAGAUUUAAGACAUAAAUCAAACCAAAGCUGAGGUGAAUAAAUCACAAAGUGGAAAUUAUAUAAAAAAACAAACAAACAUAAAAACGAUUUUAAAACACAACUGAAC